AGAAUCUUGAGAAUAAAUUUUCCAGCUCAACUGACCAUAAUAAUUUCGUUUCAUCAUCUUUAUAAAAAUUGCUCCUGAAAUUACAAUCUAUUCGUAUUUGAUUCUCAGUUUCCUGUUGGGCGGAAUUCUCUAGGUAUUUUUUAUGUCUUUUAUUUAAUCAUUUCCAUUGCUUUUUCGUCUUUAUUAAGCUAUAUAACAAUUUCUUAGCCAGGAAUUGUUUGUGGUUUUCUCGUUAAAUCUCUUACCGGAGAAACUGUUUCAAUUCGUGGGGUUUUUUUUUUUUUUUUUUCAUCAUUUCUCGUCAUCACCAUUUGGCCUGAGUUUUCCCCCUUCAAUUUUAGUUCUGGGCUUUCAUUGAUGGAGGUUAAAGGGUUUUAUCUGGUUCCGCAAAGUGAAAAUUUAUUGUUGUGAAUUUUGCAGAUAUAGUUGGUGAGUAAGUUGAUUGUUUCCAUUCGUUCAUGUCCAUAAUUGGUCAAGAGGGGAUCAUCUCGGAAGUGGAAUUAUAAACGUCAAACGUCCCAGCGCUUAAAGGUUACUUUUUUAUCCUUCUUUGAUGUUUUGCAGAUUUGAAUUUAUUCUGGCCAAAGGAGAUGUUGAAUGUUCUGAAUUUGCUAUGUUUACUUUUGGGGUUUAAUUUUUGAGAUGGAAUUAAGAUAUGGAAGGAGAAGAUUGCUGCUCUAGCUUUUUUAGCAUUUGAACAGAAAAUGAGGAAACUUUGAAGUAGAAUCAUUUUCGUGUUGAUGAUUGUCUGUUUAGCAUCCUGUCUGUUUUCAUUCACUUCUCUUGUUCUUGCAGUUAGGGGCAAUUUUUUCUGCUGUUAUGUGCAAGCGCUUACUUACCAGUUCAUUUCUCUAAUGGCAUUUAUUAUGAUGUUUGUUUAGGUCUCUGUGGUUUAAUUUAGUCACUAAAUUGCUAUGAAGGUGUUGUGCAUAUGUACUCAUUUAAAUUAGUUACAGUGGUUACGUUUUAUUACACUGUUCACCAUGGAUGUCUGUUACCUUUAUUGGUGUAUGAGCCAAAGCACAUGCCUUUACAUAAUUCGAGUGCCAUUUGUUGCAUUAGUUAUGUUGCCACGUGAUUUGGUUAUGUUGUGUUGCCAUGUGGUAUAGAAAUUGAUGCUGUCGGCUCGGGGUGAAUCUCUUAAAGAUAGGAAGAUAUAAUCGGACUUGGUAAUUUUGUCGGUGUAUUAGAAACAGCUGUCAAAAAUUGAUGGCUUGCAUGUUUUAUUUGUUGCCGAGUGUACAGAAAAGAACGGUGUUACUCCGAGGUUCCACUUGUAGCUUGUUGCCUAGCAAACUCUUUCACCGUUUAUGUUGUGAAUGACACCUCAAGGUAGAAAGUAAAUUUAGAGGGAUUUAUCCGCAGUCCAGACUUCAGACUAUAGCCAGAUGUCACUAGCAAAAAUUACCGGAUGGAUAAAAUUUUUGACUUACAUAUGCUUUAAAUAUAGCGAUCAGUUUUAGUUCUUAACAUCGUAAAUGCUUUAUUCUCUGCGUCCUUCCAAAAUGGUACGCGUGAAAUAUGUGAUGGAAUAGACGCAUUUCCUGAUCACUAUUUUUCUCCUUUUUUUUUGUUUUGGCUGAUAUAAACCAUAAAAUCAAGAACUCAAAUUAUGGGGGGCGGGGGUAGACAAAAGUGAAAGUGUGAACUGGAUCCCACAAGUGUGGAGCUUCUUUGAUAUUGACAAAGUGUUCAUUUGAAAACCAAUGCCCUCAUUGUGAAUGAAUCUUGUCAUCUUAGGUUUGGUGCAUGUUCAACGUGCACAGUGAUGAUGUGUUUGAGUAGCCCAAACUGCAAAAAUUCAGCACCCCUUUACUUUGUUUCUUCAAAAAGAAAAUAAAAAUAAAGGGAAGGAUAAGAAAUGGUGAUGUAAUCAUCUCUUCUUGGUGCAUCUAAUCUUCAAGUCAUGAUUAUUUAUUUAUUUAUUUUUCCUUUGUUUAGGAACCUAGUCCAUUGCUGCUAAAUUGUGCAGUUCUUUUACUAUGCAUAAGACAUGUUACAUUGAAGUAGGAAUUGUUCCUGACUUCCUGUUCAUCAAAUCUCCUUACCUGCCUCAUGGUCACGUGGUUUAGUUAUCUAAUUGUAAACAAACAAUGUUGCCCUGCAUUCAGAACACAAAAACUUCAUCUCAACAAAAGUAUGUUCUUUUUCUGAUUUGUUUGAUGUGGAUGCACCACUUUAGUUCUUGUUCUUUUACUGCCCCUCCCACCAAAUGGUUUAACUGAUUUGUUGAAAGCUGAACCUAUGUAGCCCUACUAUCAUAUUUUUCAUGUAGGGAUCUUGCAAAUUAUAGAUGUGUGGUAGAUGUCAAUUUAGAAGGUCAGAAAUUCCAUGUUAUAAAAGUUAAAAGAUUCAUAUAUUAUAAGUUUGCGAUCUAGUUCUUGGGAAUAGAUAUUUUAAACCAUGGCGAUAAGUUCUAAAUCCACCUCUUCCUGGCAUCUAAUCUUAUACAGUCGUGGAACGUAUACGCUACUGUCAUGAGUUUCAGGUUUAUAUAUACAGAUAUACUGCCUCCACAUUCUUUCUAAUGCCUUUAUUCAAAAAACAAUUCUAGAAAAGGGUCGCCCGGAGCAUAGAAGUUUAUGCAUGUGCAGGGUCUGGGAAAGGGUUGGGCCAUUAAUCUCUGAUCCCUGCAGCAUUAUCUUAUAUCUUAUAUUUCUGUAAGUGGCUGCUGUGGAAACUUGAGUCUGGCCUCAGGUCACAUUGCAACAGCUGUCCCUGCUGCGAGACAUGGGUCCUACUUAGAAAAUAAGUCUACAUUAAUUUCUUAAGAUACGUCCAUUGAAAGACUGCUUUUUGUGGAAGCUAGCUCCUUUAUUGCAUUUCCAUUUCUGUUUCUGAAAAUGAACCAACGAUCACGUGAUGGAGAAGAGCCAACUGUUGUAGGAUUUGAGGUUCCAAGGUCACCAGAUUCCAGUUACAACAGCGUGUACCCUGGUAAUGAAGAUGAAGGCCGGGAACCCCCCAUGGUGCCUCCACAUCUGCAACAUACCAUGCUAAACUGUCCUCCGAUUAGAGAUCCUUCCGUGUCCCUCCCAUUGCCACAGAAUGUCACCUUGAAUCAUCUUUACCUGGAAAAUCGGGAGACUCCUCGUGCCGUAGUUGGACUCGGGGUCACUCAACGGUUCCGCUCUAAGUAUGUCACUGUUGUCCUUUACAAACCAGUUCAAAGAAGGGGAGGCAGCAGCGCGUAGGGUCGCUAUGAGGUGUACAAAAACCAUUUGGGGGCAUGCCUAUUUUUCGCACCAGAGAUGAUGACAGAUAGAUAAAAUGGAAAUUUUAGCAGCUAGGUUUUAUUGCUGAAAUGCUGCUGUUAAAACAUAGGAUGAUUCCUUUUGGACUUUAUAUUUAUGAUGAUUCCUGAGAUACCGUGUAAUUUUAUUUUUUUUUAUAGAUUAGUGUUUAGGUUGAACAAGUUACCCUUAGUUUGGUUUUUAGAAGGAAAACAAAAAAUCAAAUUAAUGUACUCUUAAAUUGUUUCAGUGAUUAAAUAGCUUUACAUGUUUGAUGAGGAGCAAAGCCCCUAGCUACUUCUUACAUGCAAACAAAACAGUGCGUUUUAUUUUAUUUUCCUUUUCUUUUUCUUCUUUUCUUGGCCCACCGAUAGCUGUAACGGUGUGACCCCAAUAUUUUUAACCCAACAUACU